GUGACUGCAGCCUCUCUUGCGUGCCUCGUUGGCCCGUUACUCGAUUCGCCGUUUUGUUUGUGUUCCCUUUUCCUGCCUUCUACUAUCAAAAUGGAGCUCGGUGGAAAUUAGCAGGUGUGUACCUCUUCGAGUUCUCAUCCUUACAUUUGGAGCAUGAUCCUCCGGCAGGUUAUUUUAUCCCAGGUUUUGGUCUGCUUUGGGUUGACUGGUCAUAAUGCUGAUGCAGCUCUGUAGUAUCAAGAACUUGUACCAGAAUCGGUUCCUGGGCCUGGCUGCGAUGGCUUCCCCAACCUGCAGCACCCAGACCCGCCAGCGCUGCAAGAAUGUGGUUCGUCAAAGCUGCGGCCCAGAGACCUUUGCUGUCAAUGGUCUAAACCAGGAGGACUUCAUGCUGGGGCUGUUGCGUUCUAACAGUGACACUGACCUGGUCUCCCCAGACACACGCUCCACUCUGACCAUUAGCUCCUCCCACUACACCAUAGGCGAGUCUGACAACCUGGUGAUCACAUGGGACAUCAAGGAGGAAGUGGAUGCUAGGGACUGGAUAGGCAUGUAUCAUGUUGAUGAGGCUUUGUCUGAGAACUUUCUGGACUACAAGAACCGAGGCAUCAACGGGUCUCACAAGGGACAGAUUGUUUGGAAAAUUGACUCUAGCUCCAACUUCAGUGACACUGAGACCAAAGUCUGCUUCAGGUACUACCACGGUGUCACCGGAGCACUGAGGGCAACGACACCCAGCAUUACCAUUAAGAAAAGUUCUGCAACUGUAUUAAAGCCAGUGGUUAGUCCUGAAGUCAACCAUGGAUUGGGCAACAGGAGACUCAUUAACUUUUCCUUGUCAGACCUCCAGGCAGUUGGUUUAAAGAAAGGGAUGUUCUUCAAUCCUGACCCCUACCUAAAGCUUUCCAUCCAACCUGGAAAGCACAGCAUUUUCCCCUCGCUACCACACCACGGCCAAGAGAAACGCUCUGGAGUGGUCUGCAACACUGUCAACCCACAAUGGAGCAUGGAGAGGUUUAACUUUGUAUCUCUGCCCACUGACGUCCUGGAGAUUGAGGUUAAGGAUAAGUUUGCCAAAAGUCGGCCAAUCAUCAAGCGUUUCCUUGGAAAGCUCUCUGUCCCUGUCCAGAGGCUACUGGAAAAACAUGCCAUUGGGAAUCGGAUAGUGAGUUAUUCGCUGGGUCGCAGGUUGCCAACAGAUCAUGUCUGCGGCCAGCUGCAGUUCCGCUUUGAGCUGACUUCUUCUGUUCACCCAGAUGAUGAGGAGGUCUCCCUUGUCAUAGAGUCAGCCUGUGCUGAUGGGGGAAAUGCAGCAAAUGACAACUAUGCUGCUCAUGCACAUGAUGAUGACACAAUAAGUGGGGGACCUGACAUGCCUGACCUCCUUCUAGAUACCCCUCCUGACCCUGAGACAUUGGUGCCGCAAGCUUCCACAGAGGAAGCUUCCACACCUGAGAUGGUCCAUAGUUAUGAGAUGGAAGAGGCUGAGGCGACAACAGAGGAGCAAGAAACUAUGGAGAACACAAUGAGGGAGGAGCCCCCAUCUACAGAGCCACAGGGGGAGCAGGAGGAGGGGGCUCUGGCUGAACAGCAGGACGAGAACAGUGGAGAGGGGGAAGAGGAGGAAGGAAAGAAGGACAGGCAGAAGGAGGGAGAUGAGGAUGACCAGAGAGCAGAGUCUCCACCUCAGCUUGAGGAGGAGGUGGCAGUAGAAGAAAAACAGGUUGGGAAGGAAACACAGCCAAAGCCAAACUCUGACAAUCCUGUAGUGGUAUCAACAAACAUCACAUUCCAGGAUGCUUCUGUCGAACAAAUUGAAAGGGCCCAACAGGAGGUGACAGAGGGAGAUGAAACAAGCAGCGUCCCCUGCACCUGCCAAUCCUUCUUCUCAAACUACAACUCCCAUGCUCCCUCCCGCCGCAAAAACCGUCCCUGCUCCCUUCCGGUGUCUGAGCUGGAAACGGUGAUUGCGUCGGCCUGUGGUGAACCAGAGACACCCCGAUCCCACUACAUCCGGAUUCACCACCUCCUUCACAGUCUACCCUCGGCCCAACACAGAACCUCCAGCCAAGAGGAGGAGGAGACCAGGGAUACAAACACUACUCAAGACACCACCUCCACAUCACCAACACUUAAAACCUCCAAAGAAGAGGAGGGGCAAGAGGAAGAGGAGGAUACAACCCAGUCGCCCUCUCAGGUCCCAGAGUGUCUAGGCCCCUGCUGCCGUCGCUCCAUACCCCGCAGCCUCUCCAUUGAACGCCUAUCUGAGCUGAACCAGCUUCUGGAGGGUGAGGGAGGAGGACAUACAGCAGACAGGAGGAUCUCUCCCUCCUGCCUGGAGGAGGGCAGUUCCAGUAAUGGAGGAGGAAGAACAGUUAGUGGGAGCACCCACAGACAUCCGGGUGAAAAUGACUGCGAGUUUUGCGACACCUCCUGCUACAGCACCUCCUGCUACAGCACUUCGUGUUACAGCACGUCAUGCAACUCAGGCUACGAGGGAAGGAGCCGCUUCUGCAGCCAUACCCGCCUUUCCUCAGUUGACAGCAACAGACUCUCUUGCAGCACUGUGUUUUCGUCCCAGGAUGAAGAUGAAGAUGAGGAGAGUGCCUUUGAGUUGGUACCUGAUGGGCACAUGUCAGAGGACCAGAAGGUGGGCGGGGCAGAAGGAGAGAGGAGGACGGGGAACUUGAAGGAGACCAGCAGAGGAGAACCAGAGGACUCACCUGUGGCGGGGCCUAGUGAUAGAAGCAACAUUGGCUCAGUCUUCCCCCCUCCUGUUGGCCAUCUUCCAGUCCUGCGACCCAGCCAUGACCUUAACCAUUUUCCUGCUGCCACUGAUCAAGCCUUACCUCCAAACUGGGAAGCUCGUAUCGACAGCCAUGGCAGAGUUUUCUAUGUGGAUCAUGUGAACCGGACCACAACCUGGCAAAGACCAAGCCACAGCACCAAGUGUAGCGGCAUCCCCCGCUCAGGAUCCACACAGCAAAUGGAACAACUCAACAGGAGGUACCAGAACAUCCAAAGGACCAUGGCCACAGAGGAGGAUGGUGGGAGUCCGAGGUUAGAGCGGAGCAGCAGUACAGAGACUGAUUCUGAUACUGCUUUGACAGGCCCCGCAUCCCCUGUCAAUCACCAGAAGAUCAGCCAUCUCCUCCAAUCACCUGCUGUAAAGUUUAUCACACACCCAGAAUUCUUCACUGUGUUGCACAGUAACUAUGCAGCCUACCGGAUGUUCACGAGCAGCAGUUGUGUGAAACACAUGAUCCUGAAGGUGCGUCGCGAUGCCAGGAACUUUGAGCGCUACCAACAUAACCGGGACCUGGUGGUUUUCCUCAACAAGUUUGCAGACACUCAGCUGGAUCUGCCAAGAGGCUGGGAGAUUAAGACCGACCCCCAGGGCAAGUCUUUCUUUGUGGACCACAACAGUCGAGCCACAACCUUCAUUGACCCUCGCAUCCCUCUGCAAAAUGGUCGGCUGCCUGGUCACCUUGCUCACAGGCAACAUCUGCAGAGACUACGCAGCUAUAGCGCUGGGGAGGCCUCUGAAGUGUCCAGGAGUCGUGGGGCUUCUCUAAUGGCCAGGCCUGGAAACAGUCUGGUUGCCGCCAUACGAAGCCAGCACAACAACAACUCACAACAGCUGACUGCUCCAUCUUACAAUGACAAAAUAGUGGCAUUCCUUCGACAGCCAAACGUAUUUGACAUGUUGCAGGAGCGACAGCCAAGCCUUAGCCGAAACCAUGCACUGAGGGAGAAAAUCCACUACCUUCGGACAGAAGGUACUCAAGGGGUUGAGAAGUUGUCAUGUGAUGCAGACCUAGUCAUCCUGUUAAGUUUAUUUGAAGAGGAGAUCAUGUCCUAUGUUCCGCCUCUCCCUAUCCACCCGGGCUUCAACAUCUCUCCUCGCUGUUCUCCCGCCUCCUCACCACAGAACUCGCCUGGUCUGCAAAGGGCCAGGGCUCCAGCUCCUUACCGCAGAGACUUUGAAGCCAAACUAAGAAACUUCUACAGGAAAUUAGAAGCCAAGGGCUACGGGCAGGGACCUGGCAAAAUCAAGUUGCUGAUCAGGAGAGAACACUUGCUGGAGGGAACCUUUAACCAGGUUAUGGCAUACUCGCGCAAAGAGCUACAGAGAAACAAACUCUACGUCACUUUCCUGGGAGAGGAGGGAUUGGACUACAGUGGUCCGUCAAGAGAGUUCUUCUUCCUCUUGUCUCAGGAGUUGUUUAAUCCAUACUACGGCCUGUUUGAAUACUCAGCUAACGAUACUUACACCGUUCAAAUUAGUCCCAUGUCAGCAUUUGUUGAGAACCAUCUGGAAUGGUUCCGUUUUAGUGGUCGUAUCCUGGGCCUGGCUCUGAUCCAUCAGUACCUGCUGGAUGCUUUCUUCACCAGACCCUUCUACAAGGCCCUGCUCAGACUGCCAACAGACCUGUCUGAUCUUGAGUAUCUGGACGACGAGUUCCACCAGUCUCUGCAGUGGAUGAAAGACAAUAACAUCACUGACAUCCUGGACCUUACCUUCACCGUCAAUGAGGAGGUCUUUGGCCAGGUGACAGAGCGUGAGCUAAAGUCGGGUGGCUCCAACCUCCAGGUUACUGAGAAGAAUAAGAAGGAUUAUAUAGAGCGAAUGGCCAAGUGGAGGGUGGAAAGAGGAGUGGUGCAGCAGACAGAGGCGCUGGUCAGAGGCUUCUACGAGGUGGUCGACUCAAGGCUGGUGUCUGUGUUUGAUGCUCGUGAGCUGGAGCUGGUUAUCGCCGGUACAGUUGAGAUCGACCUCAGUGACUGGAGGAGCAACACAGAGUACAGAGGAGGUUACCAUGAUGGUCACAUAGUGAUGCGGUGGUUCUGGGCGGCUGUGGAGCGCUUCAACAAUGAGCAACGUCUACGCCUCCUGCAGUUUGUCACCGGUACAUCCAGCGUGCCCUACGAAGGCUUCGCCGCACUGCGAGGAUCCAAUGGCCUCCGACGAUUCUGUAUUGAGAAGUGGGGCAAAGUCACAUCACUACCCAGGGCUCACACCUGUUUUAACCGCCUGGACCUGCCACCAUACCCUUCAUACACCAUGCUGUAUGAGAAACUGCUGAUCGCCGUGGAGGAAACCAAUACGUUUGGCCUGGAAUGAUCCAGAAAAGACAUGCAAAUCAACACUGGAUUUCUCUUAGCUUAACAUUGGCUGGGCUAAUUGCAAAAAAAAACAGCUCCCGUGGGCUUAAUACGUGUUAAAGAUUACUAGAUUGUACUCAACAAUGUUUUUUGUCAUCUGAUUGGAUGUCACUGUUAUGGUACUGUGUUUUAGAGUCUCUCACUUAGCUAGAGGAUCUUAAUAACCAGCACCUAGCACUUAGUAGGCAACACCACAGCAGGAAGUAUAUAUCAUGAAUGAUUAAUAACAUUAUUAAUCAAUAAUAUGAUUACAUUAAUGAUCAAUGAUUAGUAACAAUAUUACGUUAUUAAUCAUUAAAAUUUGAGAAUAUGUGACUAAACAGCGUUUUGAAUAUAUAUACCCAAAGUAAAUGGAAUUAAAAUCAUUUAGAGUUGCAUUUACCAAAGUGCAUCAUCUAUCCAACAAUAAAAGUAAUUUUAGAAAAACAGUUACAAUCAAAUUAUAUCUACACAAUAGCACUGAAAACAAGAACUUUACAGAAAAUCUAAGACGUUACUAUAAAAGCUAAAUACUUGAGAACUAGUUUGUAUUUAUAUGUAUCCUUACACCUGGGUUAAAAUUUUGAUUUCACAGAAAGGAAAUUAUAAAGUAAUGAUGAUAAAAGUUGUAGUAAGCUCAUGUAUGGUAAAGACAAGGAGGAACACAUACAUACAAAAACAAAUGACUACUGUUUUCACUUCAUCAAAGUUAAUUGAAACAUUUGGUUGCCAAAAUUCUUGUUCAGCAUAAUGCCAACCAGGUUAGCUAGUGCUAGCAUUACCUGGUAAUUUAAGUUCCCACAGUUAGUGAUGAGGGAAUGUUAAAGAAAAGUUUUCUGUACUGCUGUACAUGCAGAUAACGUUGCCAGUACUCAAAGGGCUAAGUUUCACCCACUGAUUGACUUGCUUCAGAACAGCACAAUGCCAUUGUAACCAUAAACAACACUGGCUUGGCAUCCUCCCCAGCUCCACCCUCUCGUCAAAAAUUGUCACAUUCGGUUGCAAAAAAACAAGAUGGCGAUGUCCGCAUUGCCAAACUAGAGGCUUCAAAAAAGCAGUCUACAAACCAAUGGGUGUUGUCACAAUGCUACGUCCUCUAUUUUUACAGUCUGUGAUAACAAAGGUUUAUUUUUCUGUAUUUAGCUGUAUUUCAUCUGGACUAUGGUGAGCCAGUAUGAGCCUGCCUGAGGAUCUGAGACUGGGAUCUGGAACAGAAAGAAUUUAAGAAAUGUAAUAAACCUUUGUGCCAGAAACCUGCCAUGUCAAGGCCCUUGGGAUGAUCAGUAGACUAUUACAAUCCAAUUUAAAACUGUAACCAAUAUAAAGAUGCUAUGUAGGUACAUACUGUAUAAUGUACUGAUACAUAAUGUGCAGAUCUGACUGUUUGCCCCAGUCAGAGCUGCACAUUAGCGCUCAAAGAGGAUAUUUUGUCAACUGACAAAAGAUGCAGAGCUGCAGAAGUAGGAUAUGGACAUGAUAUGGAUGAAUGGAUUACUUUUACUAGACCGUUUAGCAUUUGGUUUAAGUUAUGAAAAAAUGUCUGGGGGAGUGGACAAGAAAACUAGGGAAACCGUAAUAUAGGGAUACUUCAUAAAAAAUUGGCCAUUGUUGUAAUUUAGAUACAGUACACCAACAGCAUGAAAGAUAAAAUGUGUGGUAUAGCCCCUUAAAAGACUAACAGGUAGUUACAGACUCAACAACCAAUACAAAACCUUAUCCAGUUGGGAUCCUCAAGAAAUAUUGGUAUCGUCCAGAAAGGUCUGGAACUGCACCAUCCCAUUCUCUGUCUCCCUCAGCAGCUGGGUGAUGAUUAUCUCUGAAUGGGCAGCAACGUUACAGAUGAAGAACUUUAACAGUCUUUCCAAGCUUUUUUGCUCUGCUAUGCCUUCAAAAGUAGAGACAAUGGUGUCACAUCUCUAUCAAAGUAGCCAUCACUUUCAACACAAGGGCUUAUGGGAUUCCUUCUGUAAAAACGGAAGGCAAUCAUGUCAACCAAGCAAUCAGGUAGUUUAUGAUUCCUUGACGACAAAGAAUGAACACUGUCUCCAGCUGUCAAAGAGGACUUUCUAUGAAUCCUUUUGGCCAGAAUGGUGCUUCACCUGGUCCUGCUGUUUGAAUGGAAAAUGCUUGUACUCUUCAAGUCCUCCACUGAUAAACUUGCUUUCUCUGACUGUGUACCUUCACAAUGGUGUUGCUCUUUGCAUGGAGCAGGUUCUCCAAUAUCCCAAACCUUUACUGUCUCAAACAAUGUGAGUGGUGCAAAGCAUGUAGGUCUCCAAGGGUCUAGGAUCAUUUAAUCGGAUCCCUGGUAUAUACUUGUGAUGUGUACUGGGGCCUUUUAACAAACCAUGUAUGCAAUAGAUAGACCUUUACUCCAAUGUGUUUCACAGUCUACCAUUUUGUUUCAGACAAUGACCGACUGUAGUGUACCCUCAGCAUUUCCCAGACUCCAGUCCAGUAAUGGAACUGUGCCUCAGUUACUUACUGCCUCAUACGUGGCCUGUGAGGCUGUGGCAAGUACUUAUUAGUAUUUGCUUUGGUUCUUUUUGAAAACAAUUUGCAUGUUCUCCUAGUGUCCUUGUGGCUUUCCUCUAACACUUUAAACACAGGUAAUGUUCAUUGGAGAUUCUGAUUUACAGUUAACCACCAAAAGCUUUAAUUAGGCACAUUGUUAAAAAGGUUUAAAAAGUUUUAUCUCUCAAAGCACAUUACCCCAGGUUUAACUAAGGGGUUUGUGAUUGCAGCCAUUGGUUGGUCUUUAUAAUUUAUGAUUUAAAGGAAACGCCACUGAUUUUACACAUCAAAGUGCGUUUCCAGGUUUUGGGAAAUGUUAGUGCACAUGUGAAAGUUGAUGUCAAGUUUUGUAAAGUUUGAAAAAUUAGUUAACUGGUUGUGCGGAGUUAAGAAGAAGUGAGAUGAUAAGAAGUGAACUUACCAGACCUCUGUAGCCGGCUCCUCACGCAAAGGCUUGAGGCUCCAGGCCACAAUAGCCAAUAUUCCCACUGUCCACCUAAACCUUUGGCCAAAUGCUUUUGUUGCCUAACCCUAACUACAGAGUUUAUUUGCUAUGAUGACAAUCUUUCCCUAAUCUUAACCAUAUCGUAGUAGCCAGAUAGUGUACAAAAUGACAAAUUGUUAAAGUUGUUCAUUGGAUGUAAAAA